CCCCAGGUACUCCGUACCUUGUACUUUAAACGUCUUCAACGUUGUACACCUGGCUAUCGAAGGAAUCUCAGCCACGCUCUCUUAUAAGAUGCUUUUCCACUGUUCGGCGCGACCCAGCAAGGAGGAUUCCGUACAGCGGGUACAGCUCCAAUCUCGCCAUAGCAUUUAGCCCACUGAAGCAGCCGUGAUGGCUCCUCGAAAAGCCCAUCAAAAGUCUAGGAGAGGAUGCGUGGAAUGUAAGCGUCGUCAUGUCAAGUGUGAUGAGACGCGCCCGACAUGUCAAAGAUGCACACUAUCAGAGAGACUGUGCACUUGGGAAGCCCUCCGAAACGUACAUGAGUCUCGAAGCGCUUCCUCCCAGGCUGCCUCCGAAACUCACGCUCAGUCACCCGCACAACCUCAGUCUCAAUCUCAGAUUGCCUCUCGUCCUCCUUCUCCAGUGACGCACGCUAUCUCGACCAGACCUCACAGUCCUAGUCAAAAUCACGGCGGCUCCUCUUCGGAUGUUCUCAUCACGGGUCCGAGCGACAUCUCAGUGAACAUGGAUCACUUGGAACUGAUCUACCACUUCUACACAGAGACGUGUCAAACUCUGGUCAAGACAGAGGACCAGUUGAGACGUUAUCGAGCACUCGUUGUCGAGCAAGGAUUGAAACGACCCUUCCUCAUGCAUCAGAUCUUGGCAUUUUCGGCCCUCCAUCUGAGUCUCCGUCGGCCGCAACGACAAGACUAUUACCGCGAGAUUGCCACCUCGUUACAGUCCAAGGCGCUAGCCGGCCUCAAUGAGAUCUUGCCACAAGUCGACGCUUCCAAUUGCCUGGACGUGUUGCUAUUUUCACACCUAAUAGGCCUCCAUGUUUUUCGGGAUAUCUUUACCUCGCUCAAGGAUGAUUUCAAUGCUUUUAUGGAAGCACUAGUAGGUUGCAUCAGACUACUGCAAGGUGUCAACGUGGUGAUUCGAUCAUGGAGGGACGUUCUCCGACGCACAGAAAUUGGAAGCCUUAUGGACGAGGCGGAGGAUGCCAGAAUGAUGCAGAAAGAUUCUCUUGGGGAAUGCCUGCCACUUCACGAUCUCGUGGAUAAAGCCGACCUUAGUCGACCUUCUAUCGAUGCCUGUCAAAAGGCUUUGAACAAGCUUCAGGAGUUUUUCGACAUUGAAAACGCCUAUCCAGAGGAUCGAACUUCAUCUGCCAAUGCCAUAUUCGGCUGGUUGGUUACAGCGUCGACCAAGUACACUGAGCUUCUGGCUCAAAACCGACAAGAGGCUCUGGUACUACUCGCAUACUACGCCGUACUUCUGCACCGACGCCGGGAAUCCUGGGUAGUUGGUAAUGCUGGCCGACGCUUGUUCAAAGCUCUCACUACGCAUCUAGGUAGUGGAUGGGAACCAUUUCUUGCGUGGCCUCGGUCAGUCUUCCAUGAAGACGAAGAUUUGGGACCAACUCCUGUCUUCACCAGCUCAUAGGAACGUCAAUGUAAAGACACACAAAACCACACCCUGCAAUCACACAAUUGUGGUUCUGAAUUACUCGUUGUUUUGACGAGAUCUCCCGGGAAGGAAUCGAGCAUCAACAAUCGUAGGUACUCGCGCUUCCACAGAGGGCGAGAUCCUUA